CGAACUGUCACCGUUCAAAAUAUGGCCGACACUGAUGCGGUCGUCAGAGGUGCACCGCGAGUCGUUGACAACAUGAAAGUGCCAAACGGACCCCGCGUUGUGACCAUCAACAAAACGGAGACAGGUUUCGGUUUCAAUGUUCGGGGCCAAGUGAGCGAAGGCGGCCAACUGCGGAGUAUCAACGGGGAGUUGUACGCCCCCUUGCAGCACGUCAGCGCUGUGCUGGAUAGGGGUGCCGCCGAGCAGGCUGGGAUACGCAAGGGGGACCGAAUUUUGGAAGUAAAUGGGGUGAACGUAGAGGGCGCCACGCACAAACAAGUCGUAGAUCUUAUUAAAUCGGGAGGAGACGUACUGACUCUUACCGUCAUAUCAGUAACACAACAGGAGGCGGAAAGACUGGAACCUACGGACGAUAACCAGGUGUAUUACGAUUAUAGCGAGAAACGUUCCUUGCCCAUUAGUAUACCCGAUUACCACUAUAAUGAGAGAGGUGGCGAGAGGUAUGUUGCUUUUAACAUAUAUAUGGCGGGAAGGCAUUUGUGUUCGCGAAGGUAUAGAGAGUUUUCGAAGUUACAUUGUGAUCUGAAGAAGGAGUUUAUAGGUUUUACUUUUCCGAAAUUACCUGGAAAAUGGCCCUUUAACUUGAGCGAGCAACAGUUGGACGCUCGUCGAAGAGGUCUAGAACAGUACUUAGAAAGAGUAUGUGCUGUUAGAGUGAUAGCAGAGUCUGAUAUUAUGCAAGAGUUCCUCACUGAUCAAGACGACGAUAACAAUAGCAGUCCUGUAGAUCUUAAAGUAUUAUUACCCGAUAGAGAUGUCGUAACCGUAUCCCUUAAAAAGAGCGCCAACGCUGACGAAGUUUACGAAGCUGUCGUUAAAAAGAUUGCUAUGAACAAACGCGUAUCAAAAUAUUUUUAUCUUUUCGAAAUAGUUGAAUACAACUUCGAACGUAAACUCCAACCGAACGAAUACCCCCACAAUUUGUACAUACAAAACUAUAGUACAGCGACUAGCACGUGUCUGUGCAUACGCAAAUGGCUGUUUUCUAUUUCCAAGGAACUGACGUUGAUGAAUGACACACAAGCGACUUCAUAUAUUUUCUGGCAGUCUGUGGAUGAGGUGAAUAGAGGUUAUAUCAACGCCGGAGAAAGACUGUAUCAACUUAAAGCACUCCAAGAUAACACCAGAGCUACUGAAUACUUAAAACUGGCCCGGGAAUUACCGGGUUAUGGUGAAGUUGUCUUCCCACAUUGCGCAUGCGAUUCGCGCAAAGAUGGUCAUGUGGUAGUGGCCAUUGGCAGUUCAGGAAUUAAGUUACAUGCUUGUCGCGAAGACGGGACUUUGGAGAGUCAGGUUGUGGUUCUUCAGUGGGACACAAUAAGGCAGUGGGAAGUGGAUGAUGAGGGGAUGGCGUUCUGUUUGAAGUACAAUAGGUCGGACAAGACGCCGAGAUGGCUGAAAAUUUUUACACCUUAUCAUCUAUAUUUAAUGGACUGCUUUGAGAGGAUCAUCGAAGAAAGUAAAUGGCUCGACACAGGGGAAUGACUCCAUACAAUAUCAUACUAGAAUUACUUGCAUAUUAAAUAUGUUGUUGAAUUGUAUUAUAAUUAUUUAUACUAUAUGAAUAGUAUUAUAUUCUCUACUAAUUUAUGUGAUGUUAUCAAUAUGUAUAUUUUGGUUAACUUCGUCAAGAUCAUAAAAUCUAAAACUUGUUAAAAUUCUUGUUAUUGUAUUUUUUAUUAUAUCAUUUUGUUUUAGAGCACAACUCGUCGAUCUAUAGAGUUAAAGAAAUUCAUGUGAUAGAUUAAAUUACUAGUGUAGAUUUAUAUGUAUAUAUAGAUAUAGCGUUUCAUGUGAUCAUAAAUUUCGUGCAACACUGAAUUAUCUUAAGGCUUCUGUUUCAUUUGAAUUCUGUGGGACCUUUUACACUGCCAAUUUUUUGUUCGUGCAUUUCUUCAAUUGCUGCAAUGUCUUUAUUUUUAUAUAUAUAUUAGUAGCUAUCGAAUACUUUAAAUUCUUUGAGUGUGUAUCUACUAAGUGAAUGGAGUAGUUCAAUUUAGUUUCCUAUUAGUCGUUUAUCCUGCAGCCUAGAAUUUUUUAUGUACUACCUACAAUAUCCAUAGUGUUUCUCUACUAAAUAUUUAU